ACGCAUCACCGAUACCGAGGGAGAAAUACAGAUACGAUUUCCAAAUAAUCCAAUCAACCGCCUAAUUUCUUCCCCAAUCCUCCCCUUCAAUUCUGGUUGCUAUCUGCAUGAUCUGAACUCGAUCAAAUUUCGCUGUGUUUGAUCUCAAUUACUGCUUCUUCUUCAUCACUUCUGCUGUUGUUUUACUUGUGAUUUCUUCUUCUGCUUUCGUUUUUAGCUAUUUGUUAAUAAUGGCGUUAUUAGACACGCCUGAGAUUGGAGAAACGACUACGACGACGGCGGCCACCAUGCGCGGUGAGAUAAGAAGGCGGACGAGUGUGAAGGCUGAUGCCGGAAUCGGCGACGGGUUGUAUGAUUCUUCGUCGUCUUCGAAAACGAACUCUUCCGAUGAUGGUGAGAAUUUGAAUAAUGAUUUUAAUGAGAAUGGUAAGGAACAGAUCCAAGCUGGUGAGGGAACAAUGGAGGAGUCGAAGGGAAACGGUGAAAAGAUCGACCAGGGAGGAGUAAAAAAGGGAGGUGAAACGAGUGUGGUGCAUUAUGCGUAUCGGCCUUCUUCUCCAGCUCAUCGUAGAAUUAAAGAGUCUCCGCUUAGCUCUGACGCCAUCUUCAAGCAGAGUCAUGCAGGCCUCUUUAACCUUUGCAUAGUGGUGCUUGUUGCAGUAAAUGGUAGACUCAUCAUUGAGAAUCUGAUGAAGUAUGGAUUAUUGAUCAAUUCCAAUUUUUGGUUUAGUUCUAGAUCAUUGAGAGAUUGGCCACUUCUGAUGUGCUGCCUCUCUCUUCUGAUCUUCCCGCUUGCUGCCUACAUUGUUGAGAAAUUGGCAUGGCAAAAACGUAUAUCCGACCCUGUUGUGAUCACUCUCCAUUUUACAAUAACUACAACUGCAAUUCUGUAUCCAGUUUUCAUGAUUCUCAGGUUUGAUUCAGUCGUUCUAUCAGGUGUCUCAUUGAUGCUGUGUGCUUGCGUUAAUUGGUUAAAGUUGGUGUCGUUUGUGCAUACAAAUUAUGACAUGCGGUCGCUUUUGAACUCAACUGAUAAGGGAGAAGCGGAGUCUAGAUCUUCAAAUAUGGAGUGUUUCUAUGACGUCAACUUCAAUAGCUUGGCUUAUUUCAUGGUUGCUCCUACGCUAUGUUACCAGAUAAGCUAUCCUCGCACUGCAUUUAUUCGAAAGGGUUGGGUGUUACGGCAACUGAUCAAGCUAGUAAUAUUUACAGGGUUCAUGGGAUUUAUCAUAGAACAAUAUAUCAAUCCGAUUGUAAAAAACUCGCGACAUCCAUUGAAAGGAGAUAUUUUAUAUGCGAUUGAGAGGGUUUUAAAGCUUUCAGUUCCAAAUUUGUACGUUUGGCUCUGUAUGUUCUACUGCUUUUUUCACCUUUGGUUAAAUAUACUUGCCGAGCUUCUUCGUUUUGGGGAUCGUGAGUUUUAUAAAGAUUGGUGGAAUGCUCAAACUGUUGAAGAGUAUUGGAGACUAUGGAAUAUGCCGGUUCAUAAAUGGAUUGUACGGCAUCUCUAUUUUCCAUGCUUGCGUAAUGGGAUACCUAAGGGUGCUGCCAUCUUGGUUGCGUUCUUCAUGUCUGCUGUGUUCCAUGAGGUCCCGCUGGUCAUACUCACGAAUUACUUGCAGCGCAAGUUCCAAAACUCGAUGGUGGGAAAUAUGAUUUUCUGGUGCUUCUUUAGCAUCCUUGGUCAACCCAUGUGUGUAUUACUCUACUACCAUGAUGUGAUGAAUCAAAAGGUGAAAAACAAUUAAAAAGAAGAAAAAACAGAACACCUUCCGAACGGUUAUUGCCAGAGGUUCUUCAGCAAAGUUCCACAUCGAUGCUCUGCUCCAGGUUACAUCAUAAAUUCUCUCUCUCAUAUGAAAUCAUGCCCUUUUACCAGAGGCCUUUACAGAAGCAAACACAUUUUAGUGCUUAAAACACAAUUUUGUACAAGAGUGUGUGUGUGUGAUGCAAGAACAUCAUUGCAUGUGUGAUUUUGAAUCUCUCAAGUGUUGGUCUCAAAGGUGUCACUAGUAGUAAUGCCUUUUCUUUUUGCCAAUUAAGUGUAAAAUGUUAUUUAGGCUUACAUGUGUAAAUUAUCUCCUCUAGGAUCAAUAGAUCAUCUUCCUAUGCUAUGUUUUCAAGCUUU